AUGAACGUGUCCACGCCCACUCGCACGAUCACGCUGCAGCCCGACAAGACGGUGGCAAAUAUCAAGGCUGCAACAGCUUCUGGGUCUCGUUCAAGUCCCGCCGUCACGUUUGGUCCCGCCGUCACGUUUGGUGUUACCGCUAAUACUACUACUACUUCCAUGACUAUUUUAGCCAAGAAGCAUCGUCCAUCUGUGACUACCACUCCUACUAUACCUACGACCACCGUGACUGCUCCGACUACCAGCUCCGAGUCAAAUGUCCGAGACUGUAUAAGCUGCCAAGAAAAGCCCCGGAGAGGACGUCGGCGUCUGUUGCAUGACGAUGAACAGCGUAAAGCAAGACGGAAAGCGCAGUGUCGACUGAACCAGCGACGGUACCGAGCGAGACAGCGGGGAAUUAUCAGUACUUUGUCGCUCGAGACGGGCGGCCUAAGUGGCUACAUGCAGGAUUUGUGUGACUACCGGGACUUUUUAACGAGUUACUUUACCCACGAGAGCGAGUUUGUCGCAGGGUUUGAUGAAGAGCGACCCGUGCUGGUAGUCAAAUAUUACUUGAGGACAUUUCGAGCAGGGUUCGCGCUACAUUCGACCGAGUCAAGUGCUUUACAGGAGAGUUUUGUACGCUUAGUUUGUGCACCAGAUUUGAUUGCUCAAGGAGUGACGACGGAUGGGAUUGACGCGCUUUUACUCCAACUGAAGCGGUACACUUCGUACCAUGGCACGUUUGACAUGCGGCCACAGGACGUGCGUGUGCUUUUUGCUCCAGAACAAACGGCACAAUGGUGUACGGAGGACAAAGCUGUGUGGAUUGUACAGGCAAGAGGGAGGGUGAAGCUCCGGCUGUCACGGGAUACGCUCAUGCUAGUAUACCCCCAUGUGCUACGGCAUCAUGACCGACUCGCUCAACGUAUUCUGGGUCAGACGAUCGAACCGGAGUUUACAAUGACUUUCUACUUUGACGCCGAUGCGAAAGUGACCAAGUUGGAUCAACAGAUCGACUUUGCAGGUGCUUUCUUGCGUCUGCUGGGUGUGAUAGAAGACGUGGCUACGUUGCUGGAUGGUAUGCUGAUCUCAUCGUUCUCAGAGCUGGGAUUGGACUCGCAAGGGACGACGGCCGAGUCGGCACUCACGCGAGGAUGUAAACAGCUCAGUCUCAGGUACAUUCUCCUGUAG